AUGGCUGAUCUCGAGGAACGGCUGCGAAGCCAUGCACAGGCCUUUGAUGGGUUGCUUUCAUUGAUUCCUGCAAAAUUCUACUACGGAGAAGAUGGCAGUGACCAAUGGAAGCGGAAAAAGCAGACCAAGGAGCAAGCUCGUGAAGCAAAGCGUGCGAAAUUGGAUCCUGAUUCGGCCAAAACGGCAAAGGACGUAAUGGACGAGAAUGCGCGAAAGCGCAAGCGCAGUGAACAGGCUGAGGAUGACGAUGAUGAGGAGGAACAAAACGAUGCAGAGUCAUCUGACGACGCUGAACUAGGCUCAGAAAUACCGAAAGAGGGGCUAAACAGGGGCGAUGCGAUGUCGAAAAAGCAGAAACAAGCCGACGUUUCUACGAAAGCCGACGGUGCUGAUAGCAAAGCAGCCGAGGCGGAAGCCCGCAAAAAGAUAAAGGAAGAGAAGAAGGCGCAGAAAAAACAGGAGCAAAAAGAGAAGAAGAAGGCUAAGGAUGCCGCCAAAAAAGCGAAACAAGAAGAUAAAAAGGCCGAGGUUACCAAAAACUCUGCUGCACCGAGUUCCGACUCAAAGACCACUAGUAGCAAAUCUGGCGAGCCAGACGCCGAAGAUGCUGACGAGAUUGACGGCGAGGAGAACCCUGUUGCCGAAGGGCUUUCGCUCGAGUUCAACGAAGAUCAUUCUACAUCGUCAGCCCCGAAUUCUCCGGAAUUCGACACAUCAAAUCCCCAGUCGGGAAGCUCUUCUAUAUCAUCUAUCAUUCCUCCUUCCGCUCCUACUGACGCAUCCUCCAACUCCAAACCUCUCAAACCCACACAGGAAGAGCUGAAAAACCGAUUACAAAAGCGCCUAGACGAACUACGCGCAGCCCGUCAAGCAGAUGGCCUAAACGGCAAGCCGGCUCGGAAUCGACAAGAGCUCAUUGAAGCCCGACGACAAAAGGCCGAGCAACGCAAAGCACAUAAGAAACAGCUUCGCCAAAAAGCCAGGGAAGAAGAGCAAAGAGAAAAGGACGAUGCUAUGACUCGCCGAUUCUCGCCUGGAGGUUCAGGCUCCCUGUUGGCAUCCCCGCGAUCUCCUGCCGACUCAGUCGGCUCGGGAAGCUAUGCUUUCGGCCGUGUUGUUUUUGCUGAUGGUCAAAUCGCCGAUCCCACUUUAUCCAAUGUCCGAGAGAAGCCCAAGACCACUGGGCCCCGGGACGCCGCCUCAGCCCUCAAGGCCGCCGAGGCCAAGAAAGUCCGUCUCGCCGAGUUGGAUGAGGAGAAGCGUGCCGACAUCGAGGAGAAGGACAUGUGGCUUAAUGCUAAAAAGCGUGCCCACGGUGAACGAGUCCGUGAUGACACAUCACUCCUCAAGAAAGCUCUGAAGCGCAAAGAAACCGCAAAGAAGCGGUCCGAGCGGGAGUGGAAGGACCGCCUGGAUACCGUCAAGAAGGGCAAGGACAUGAAGCAGCAAAAGCGUGAAGACAACCUCCGCAAGCGCCGAGACUCGAAGGGCCAGUCCGGAGGAGGCAAGAAAGCCGGUGCUGGCGGUGGAGGCAAGGGUAAACCCCGGCCUGGAUUUGAAGGCAGUUUUAAGGCCAAGGUUGGAGGUGGAAAGAAGAAAUGA